UCCGUUGUUUGACGUCAUCCAGCUCAACAUGUCGUCUCCCCAUGUCCAUCUCAAGGUUCCCGUUAUUAAUUAGAAAGUAGAAACCAAACCGGCAAACCCUUCCGGUUUAUCAAACCACUAGUUCUGGUCCGACUUUAUCGGCCCGUCAAUUACCCUUUUCAUUUUCAUUAACAAUUGGAGACAUACGCCACCUUUAUUCCUCCAUUUCCUGGCCUCUUAAAACAUUCAACAACCAUCUCUCAUCUUCCACCUCUUGUACACAAAUUCCUUAUCACCACCACCAUUCUCAGGACCACAGGAAGAAGCGAAAGUGAAAACGAUGGAGAUGAACGGAGGAAGCAGUAUGAUGGCACCGUCACCACCAGAAUCAGGGAUGGGGGGUAUGGAGCACAUGGGCGGUGGAGGGAUGAUGCACAUGACCUUCUUCUGGGGAAAGCGUGUCCAGAUCCUCUUCACCGGAUGGCCUGGAGACCAAGGGAUCGGUAUGUACCUCCUCUCCCUUCUCUGUGUCCUUCUUGUUGCCGCCCUCGUCGAGCUCCUCUCUGGUGUCUCGCGCCGUGUCGCGUCGUCCAUGCCCAUCACGGGCCUCUCGCUAACUGCUCUGCACGCCCUGCGCAUCGGUCUGGCUUACCUGGUCAUGCUUGCAGUCAUGUCCUUCAACGUCGGUGUCCUCAUCGCGGCCAUCGUGGGCCAUGCUCUCGGCUUCCUCUUCACUGGGAGUGGGCUUUUCAAGUGGUCUCGGCCCACUGUGGAUCCCGCUGGUGGAGACGCGUUCUCCUCCACCAAAGCCUAGCUACAUCAAACCCAACCUCGAUUCGAUCGGUACCAGAUAAGAGGGCAUUCCAUUACUCCCUUAUAUUUGUUAAUUAGGCUUUGCUCAUAGGAUCAUGUUUUUCAUUUGUUACCUACUCCUGUGUUGCAUUACAUCCAUAUGCUGAACUUAAUACGACUUCCCCUCCUCCCUUUUGGAGACCGGAAACAUGGCUUGCCUUCUUAUUUGCAGCAGAACUAGAUGGUCUUCUACAAUCCGAUUAACCAAACCAUAAGUAAGUAGAACACCAAUUACUACAUCCUAUGACGCAACGGUUUGAUUACCCUUGUUCAGAUUUAACAUCAAGUCUAUCAUUUAUAAAGAAGAUAAAAAAAAAAAAAAUAAAAGCCUUUGUUUUAGUUUCUAGAUUCCACGUGAAUUUGACACCUGUGGCAACGGUAGAAUAAAGAAACUCUACCAUUUUUUAAGCAACUCCUGGACCACCACCUCACUCACCUCUUGACGGACGAAGACUAGUACAAGCUGGAUUGCAAGUAAAAGUAUUAUUUUUCUAACAUCACUACUGACCCCUAUGGAAAUCCAAGUGAUCAAUCGAUGCCCAUUGGAUUGCAAGUAAAAGUAUUAUUUUUGUAACAUCACUACUGACCAUUUUGGAAAUCCAAGUGCUCAAUUGAUGCCCACCAGAAGGAGAAAAACGAUAGCACAAACUGUCGACUUCUACAGCAAGCCCAAUAUCCCUCAUUUCCAUGUUGGAUCUGUUGUGGUAUCAUUUGCAUGACUUUGCUUUUUGUAAUUUAGAACCUGCAACCUUGUUCCUCUGCUGAAUCUGUUCCAACUUCAACCGUACGUUUCUCCUGGCUUCAUGUCAAACAACCCUUUGAACUGCUUUCUGCCUUCUUCUCUACCUCUUGCCUUUUUUUAGAGAGAGAAUCAUGAUAAAAUAAAGCUUUCAACAAUAAUUUUGAUGAA